AUGCGUCAGGCAAACAGCGGUGUCAUGACACCCAUGAUGCCGGUCGUAUUAUCGCCAGCCUCAUCUCCAUCACUGACAGCAUCAGCAGCAGCAGCAUCAGCAGCAGCAUCAGAGUCUUCUUCGGGCAAUCUGUCCUUUUACCUCCGACAAAGAACGGCCACCGUAAAACGGAAGCGUCCGGAUCUACCCACCAAUCAGUCAGACGGUCCUACAGUAGAUCACCCGACACUGCGUCUUCACCAUGGCCAUUUGGCAACAUUGCCGCUUGUUGGGCUACAGUCAGCCUCUACGGAUCAUGGUACAGCAGGCCAGGAUGUACAUCAACCUCGGCUGCUGAUUCGUCGAAUUGUGCCCGAGGAUACGGUCCUCGAGUGUGGCCGACAGAAAGAGGUGCUAAUGCCAACAAGACAAAUCGAAGUGAAGCCGAAGUCGUCGGGACUUAAGCGACCGCCUUCUUGCACUUCUUUUGAUACAACUCUCAGAAACGCCUAUUCUGCAACUCCGCAUGUCAUGGGUCAGUCAUUCAGCAAGCGAAAACGCGCUGAUGCCGAUAUCAACUUUGACCGGCUCAACUCGGACGAUGCUCAUCCCGUCUACAUCUCCCUGCUCAAGUCCACGCUUGACGACCACAUUUUAUCUGAAUCCCGAAAGUCUGAGCUGGAGUCUGAUUGGCCGGUGGGGCCAUGUGCCAGGGUUCUCGACCAGGCCGGACUGGCUCAGUCGCCAGAGACGAUGGUGAUGGCAGAUGAAGCGCUCGAGGAGUUGGUGAUGCCCAACUGGACUUGUCAGUCCUCUUUUGACCCUUCAAACGACGCCUUUGCCUGCGACUCUGCCUCCAUCUCCGUAGUCAAGCCCAUAGUGGAAACAACUUGUUGCUCGGGCUUGGUCAGCACGGCAGGCUCGAGUCUGUACGCGUCUUCUCCCGCCACAUGUUUCAGUCCACUCUCCUCUCCCACUCCUUCCUUCACCUCUUUCUCCUCCAUCUCCUCCUCCUCCUUCUCCUCUCCCUCCUCUUCCUCCUCAUCUUCUUCCUCCCCUCCCUCCUCUUCCUCCCUCUCCUCCUCCUUCUCCUCCUCCUCCGCCUCUCCUUCCUCGUCCCUACUCCCACUGCUUCCCUUCUCUCCCUCCUCUUUCCCACCGACAUUUGCCGCCUCAUUCACGCAGACAGCAACACCGAAUGCCUCUCCUUCUCCAGCCUUCUUUUCAGUCCACAAAUACACCUGCCGGACGGGUGACGACAAAACCGUCUCUCCUUCAAUCAAAGCGUGUGAAUUCAUCUCCUCUUCCAACGAUCAGUCGAACCAAACGGUCCGAGCGGAAAUGAGAGAAUUCGCAGAGACGACACGAAGAGACGCCAACACGGACGCCGACGCCAAUGCUGAUGUCGAGGUGCCUGAGGAGACGAGCAACAUAGUUGCCAGUGGUCUCUCCACCAACUCGAUGUCCCCGCCUAGCAGCUAUGGGUUGAGCCAUCAACUGGCCAGCGCUGACAUUGCGUGGUCAGCUGCUCUAGAUUUCCCAGGUGGGCAAAUCCUUACAUAUUACCUUUAUAUGAAGGUGCAUUCAUUAUAUUUCGUUUGCGAUGAUAGGGCGACUGGUAGUUGA